AAAAACAAGAUAAACAGCUUAGACCACCAAACACGAUAUGAUUUAACGGAAAUCACACCCUAUAAACAAUUAAUUGUGGCACCAUAAAGGAAGAGACAGCAGCGUUAAGUCACGGAAGAAGUUGUAUGCACUUAAAACUUAUUGUGUCUGGUAAUUUAAAAGAUCACCAUCAAUAGAAAAGAUGUUGAGAGAGGACCCCACUGAAGAUUCUAACACUUUUAACCCUAUCGUUUUCCAGUUAAAAGCUUUGAAGAUAUUUGGAGCAAUACAGAUGAUAUUAGGUGGAAUUAUUACAUGCAUUGGAAUCAUUAGUUUAGAGCUGGAUCGGAGCGAAAAGAAUUGUAAAUCUGACAUUGAUAAUCGUUGCGAAGAGCGAUCUAAAGUUAUUAUUGAAAUUGACGGUGCAUGUAUAGGACUAUCUCUAUGGGUUGUUAUCACUGGAGUCAUACCUUUGUUCAUUACCAAGAAGAAUGAAUCUCAAUGGAGAAGUCUGAAACUUGCCUUUGUAGUCUGUAGUGUUAUUGGGGCUACAGCGUUUGUCCCAACAAUCGGCAUAUUAGGAGUAGUCAGUGCGAUAAAGCGGGUUUUAACGCCCUGGGCAAUCAAUACCAGGGCUAGAGCAAUAGCAAUAAUGAUUGCAGCCUUUUUAACGUUUGUGAUGACCAUCACCACUUGCUCGUACGCCAUGUGUUGCGGGAAGGAGAACGAACAAAGACAGGCAGUAAAUGUUAACAUUGCAAAUGUUGUACCAGGUCAGAUGCCAGGUUAUCAGCUUAUUUCGGGUUAUCAACCAAAUCCAUACCUACAAGGUCAAAUGCCACCCCAUUUCAUCACAGGAUCGGGUCAAAUUCCUGGCAAUAUGGCAGCUGUAUCAGGAUAUCCACAAUACCCGGCUGUUCAGAAUGGAAUGAUCCCUAAUCAACACACAGCUAUCAUGGAAAGCUCAAAUAGACUUAAAAUCCAAGAAUGUUGAAUUUUCUAUAUCGUACAUAGCGUUAAACAACAUUAACUUGGGUGUGGAUAUGUGGAUAUUAUGUAGGUGUGUGGGUGUGUAGGUGUGAGGGUGUUAUUGUUUUUAAAUUGUUAUUACAGUGCAUACUUAUAUAAUAAAAGCAUA